AUGGGAAGGGAGGAAAGGAGCCAUGGAAUCUACAGCCAGGUAUUUGCUGAUUUGACUCCGGAAGAGAUCAUGCAAGUGAAGAUCUACCUGCAGUACAACCUGGGGGUGCCAUUGGUAGAACCUCCUCAAGCCAAGCCAUCAGACAACUGCAUUUUUUCUAUCACCCUUCAGCUUCCUCCCAAAGCCGAAGUGUUGCAAUUCCUGGACCACCAAGGGAGCAGGCCUGCGCGGCAAGCUCUGGCUGUACUCCAUUUUGGAAACCAGCAGGACCCAAAUGUCACAGAGUUUGUGGUUGGUCCUCUUCCAAAACCAAUGUACCACCAAGAUGUCACAGUGCAGAAGUAUGGAGGGAAGUUGCCUUACUCCAGAAGGUUUCGCCUAAAUAAUGAGUUAAAAGAAAUCGUUACUUUCCUGAAGAACAAAGAAUACCCCAAGGCUCCAAACUUUAUGCAGAAAGUACUAUAUUACAAUGGAAGCAAUUUCAAAUACUCCUACGGAAUGCCACCUGGACUAAAAUCAGGAGACCGGAAAAUCUGGGUUGCUCAUUUCCAGAAUGUUCCUGGCAGUUAUCUGCAUCCAGUAGGAUUUGAAGUCCAUGUGGAUAUUCGCAGCCUAGACAUUUCUCAUUGGAAAGUGCUAAAAGUCUUCUAUAAUGGACAGUACUUUGAGGACAUGGAAGAUAUUGAGAGACAGUUCAUUACGGGACAUGUUAAAAUAGCCAAGGUCAAAAAGGCUCCUUCUGAUGGAGGAUAUUCCUCAUUGAAGCAGAGGGUUCCACACCAGAGACUAGGCCCCUUGCAGUAUGAACCUCGUGGCCCCCGCUACCGUAUUUGGAAUAACCAGGUUUUCUUCAUGCCCUGGAGUUUUGCCUUUGGCAUAGAUGCUAAUAGGGGGCCACAGAUCUUUGAUGUUAGGUUUAAGGGUGAGAGGAUAGUCUAUGAGUUAAGCUUGCAAGAUGCAUCUGCCAUCUAUGGCUCCAACACUCCAGGGGCAAUGCUGACCAGAUACAUGGACCUAAGCUUUGGCCUUGGUUUAACUGGCUCCACUCUCACCCAAGGCGUGGAUUGUCCUUACCUGGCUACCUAUUUGGACAGGCACUAUUUUCUUGAUUCCUCCUUGCCUGUCACUCGCAAAGGCUCUAUCUGCAUCUUUGAGCAGAAUGCUGAGGUCCCUGUGAGACGCCAUUAUGACCGCUCAGAGCCUCCGUUUUACGGAGGGUUGGUGGAUUCUGCUCUUGUCUUCAGGUCCAUAUCUACAGUUGGUAAUUAUGAUUAUAUUUGGGAUUUUAUAUUUCAUCAAAAUGGAGCUAUCGGGAUCAGGAUCCAUGCAAGUGGAUACAUUCAAUCUGCUUUUUACUUUGGCGAUGCCUUGGAAUUUGGAAACAGAGUUCAAGAGUGGACAUUGGGAACAAUUCACACUCACAACAUUAAUUUCAAGGUGGAUAUGGACAUUGGUGGUGUGAAAAAUUCCCUGGUAGCCAAUGACAUGGCUUUUGAGACAGUCAAGGCCCCUUGGAGUCCAGAGAAUAAGAUCCACCGGAUGAAGAUAGUAAGGAAAGUCUUGGACACUGAGAACAAGGCCGCCUUCCGCCUUCACGACAACAUGCCAAGGCACAUAUAUUUUGCUGCCAACAGCACAAACAAGUGGGGCCAUAAGCAAGGCUAUCGGAUCCAGAUGGUCAGCUUUUCUGGAGACCACCUGCCAGAAACAGAUCCAAUGGAGCGAGCCAUCAGUUGGGGAAGGUACAAGCUGGCUGUCACCAAACGGAAAGAGAAGGAACCAUUUAGCACCAGUAUCUAUAACCAGAUGGACCCAUGGACACCUUCAGUGGCCUUUGCUGACUUCCUUAACAAUGAGAGCAUUAUCAAUGAGGACCUGGUUGCCUGGAUCACCGCUGGCUUCCUGCAUAUUCCACAUGCUGAGGACAUUCCCAACACUCCAACGCUUGGGAACGUGAUUGGCUUCUUUUUGAGGCCUUACAACUAUUUUGACGAUGAUCCUUCCAUGGAUUCUCCAGACAGCGUUUUCUUCAGCAGCCAGCAGGACCCCACUUCCUGCGACGUCAACUACCUCGCCUGCAUGCCAAAAACAGCUGCGUGCUUGCCCAGCUUCCCGCCUUUCACUUAUGAGGGCUUCCAAAACAUGACAACGCUCUGAUGCCUUCUGCAUAUACCAAGACCAGCAAAUCCCAGCUCUGACCAGUGUCUUUGAACCCAAAUCUUAAGCUUUCACAUUGCACAUGUUCGCUAGUUGUAUUUGCAAGAAUCUUUUGCCGGGACUCUGUGCUGGGCAGACAACUAGAUCACCACACACUUUACAUCGCUUGCUGUUUGCCACACAAAGCUGCAGUGUGAUAGCCUGAAGCUGUGAUAGCACAAGUGACCAUAUUUGCCUAGCACACUAUCAAUUUACGAUGCCAUUUGCCUUCCAGUAAACUCAAGCCUAUUACCAAGAAAUUUAGUAUGUGGCUGCUCACAAAUGGCCUGUCAGGAAGAUUUAUGCACAUCAGUUCUGCCAGUGUCAAUCCAAAAACAGAUCUGUUUAGCAAAAAGCAGGGACAGGGUAGGAGGAAAUUGAUGUCAAAAGCUAAGCAGUCCAUUGGGUUUCUCUUUUUAAUACAACUGGAUUAUUUGUAAAUUUUUAAUUUGAUAUUUCUGCAAGUAGCAGUGCUGAUUAUUGUUUUAAUGGAAGCACACCUCCAAAACUCAUUUAAUUUGGUGUCUUUGGCACCGUUUUGCUGAAUUGCUUUUCAAUUUAGCAAAAGGCAGACUAGAUUGCUAUGCUUAAGUGAAUGGGGUUUUGUAGUGUCUCAUUCCACAGACGUCAGGAAAAGUCAAGCAUCACUCCACCUGUCAGGCUCAAAAUUUAAGCCCUGUCAUUUUUUAAAAAUAUACUGGGGCAUCUUUAUUAUGGGCACUGUCAAGCUGCCACAUUAAAAGACUCAAUCCAGGUUUUACCAAUAAUUGUGUAUCUGUUUCUUAGUUGUGUCCACAUCUCCUGAACAUUGAAAAUUGCAAAUGUAAAUUGCAAAUUAAAAAUGCAUCUCAAUCAUUCUUAGUGGCAAAGAGAAUAAUCUUUCAGCAGAGGAAAUGCAGGUUUAUUCCCUCUGACCACCACUGAGAACCUGAAGACAAUUUCUAUUUCUGAGUUUGCAGCUUAUUCAAGACAAAUAUGGUACCUUUCUGGACAUCUGGGCAGUCUACAUCAAUCUUUGCCAACCUGGUACAGAUAUGUAUUAGACACAUCUGGGUUGACACCAGCAUCCUGCAGUUAGGAUAGAACAUUAGACUUUUAA